CACGUUUGACAUGUGAGAUCCUCAUUGACUCAUCAAACACAAUGCAGACACGAUUUGCCGCAGUACAGGGAGAUCUCCGAGGCAAGCUGGCAUACAUAUCCGCUACGACACACUCACCGUGACGGCGUUGGUCACUUAUUCCUGAGGUGACUUCCAAACUUCUCCAAGACCGGUAGCUGAACUGGCGCUUCGGUCCGGAGACUCUGAGGGAACGUGAGCUGACACCUGCUGCAACACACCUGAAAGGCAACUGCACUUGGACGUGGAAGGUUAUAUCAUUCUGGGCUGAUGGAAGACGACGAAGGAUGCAAAGUUCCCGAUGGGGAGAAAGGAGACGUUGAGUCCCUUCGACAACGCAAUGUCCAGUCCGAGACUCAGCAUGACAGCUUGGGGAAGAGCAGCUCCACAGACACUGGAGAAGUCGUGCAGAUGCAGCGUAAUGUGGGCCUGGUCAGCGGAAUCUCAAUUAUCGUCGGAACAGUCAUAGGGUCGGGUAUUUUCAUAUCCCCCAAGGGUGUUCUGAGGGACACGGGGUCAGUGGGACUCAGUCUGGUGGUGUGGGCGGCCUCGGGACUCAUCGCUCUCAUGGGGGCGCUGUGUUACUCCGAGCUGGGGACGCUGAUCCGUCUGUCAGGAGGGGAGUACGCCUACAUCCGUGCCGCCAUCGGCAACAUCCCCGCCUUCCUCUUCUCAUGGACGUCCAUUAUCGUCAUCAGGACGUCUUCACUUGCUAUCAUCACCUUGACGUUCGCCCAGUACGCCGGGAGUCUCUUUGCCAUGUGUGGCCAGCCGGAGAUUCCCACAAAAAUCGUGGCCGCUAUUGCUAUUGUCACGGUGGGCAUUAUAAACAGCUGGAGCACGAACUUGGCCGCGCGGGUGCAGAUUAUUUUCACAGCCGGUAAACUCAUUGCUCUCACCAUCAUCAUCGUCGGGGGUAUAGUCAAGAUGGCGCAAGGUAAUACCAGCGUCCUGGCGGAGGGGUUUGAGGGGUCGACAACCUCACCAUCAACGAUAGCGCUGGCAUUUUACGGCGCUUUGUGGGCCUAUGACGGCUGGAACAACCUCAAUUACGUUACUGAAGAAGUGAAAUCUCCCUCGAAAAAUCUACCACGUGCCAACAUCAUAGGCGUCCUUCUCGUCACCGUCGUCUACGUCUUGACCAACAUCUCCUAUCUCAGCGUGAUGACGAGACAGGAGCUGCUUGACGCCAAUGCAGUGGCUGUGACCUGGGGAGACCGCAUCUUAGGAACUGCUGCCGUCAUCAUGCCUCUGUCUGUCAUGGUGUCAACGUUUGGGGGAGCCAACGGAACGGCCUUCACUGGAGGAAGAGUUGUAUAUGCUGCUGCCAGAGACAACAACCUGCCUGAGAUAUUGUCCUACAUCCAAGUGAAGCAGCUGACUCCCAUGCCGUCUAUGUUGUUCACAAUCUUCAUCUCCCUCCUCAUGAUCAUCCCUGGGGACAUCGGCAGCCUCAUCGACUUCUUCAGCUUCACCGCCUGGAUGUUCUACGGCAUGACCUUCCUCUCCCUCAUCGUCCUCAGGUUCAGGAUGAAGGAAGCGCCAAGACCAUAUAAGGUUCCAAUCCCAAUCCCGAUCAUCAUGCUUCUGGUUUCGCUGUACCUUGUCAUCGCCCCCAUCGUGGAGGACCCCCAGAUCGAGUUCCUGUAUGCCUUCCUCUUCGUCAUGGGGGGUCUCAUCUUCUACAUCCCACUCGUACAUUUCAACUUAAAGGUUCCAGGUUUUGACAAACUGACUGAAUGUACACAGCUAAUAUUAGAGGUCGUCCCCCCACCUGAAUUAUAGGAUGGCUUCCAACAACAGGAUUUCAGCUGGACUCAUCUCUGUGAUAGAUACUGGUGUAUUUUUGUUAUGUUAUAAUCAGUUGAAUAUGUUCAAUAACUAUAUGAAGCUACAGUGUACAUGUGUUGACACGUGUGUGUAUGUUUAUUUAACAGGCAUACUACCAGAAUAUUCUUGUUGUUGAAUAACAAUGCUCAAGGACUAAUAACGUGCAUGAAUCACAGUAAUGUGUCAGUGCACAAAUAAGCACCUGUCGUUAUAAGCAGUUUGAUACGUGUAGUUAUAACACCGUGUGUCGUUUUAGCAAUUUGAUAGCUAUAUAACCAUUUGUCAUUUUAGCAAUGUGAUGGCUAUAGCAGCAUGUUUCGUUUUUAGAAAUUUGAUAAUGACAACAGCAUGUGUCGUUGUAGCAAUUUGAUUUGAUAACUAUAUCAGCAUGUGUUGUUUUAGCAAUUUGAUAGCUACAUUACCAUAUGUCGUUUUUAGAAAUUUGACAGUUUAAUCACAAUGUGUCAUCUUUAGAAAUUUGAUAGCUAUGUCACCAUGUGUCUUUUUUUGCAAUUUGAUACUCCAUUUGAAUAUGUCUUUUUGUUCUUUGAUAGGUAUGUCAGGAUUGGCGUUUAAUUGAUUUGGCAGUUGUGUCAAUGUAUAUUUGUUUCUUUGUGUGUUUAACGUCGCACUCAGGAAUAUUCCAGCUAUAUGACGGCGGCCUGUAAAAAGUCGAUCUGGACCAGACAAUCAAGUGAUUGACAUCAUGAGAAUCGGUCCACGUAAUUGGGAUACGAUGACAUGCAUCAACCAAUUCAGCGAGCCUGACCACCCAAUCCCGUUAUAUAUCUCAUUAGUUAUUUGGAAGGUGUAUCUUGAUGUCCUUUUAGUUAUUGAUAGAUACAUUGUAUGCUAAAAUACGUCGUUUUAAAUAUUUGGUAGUUUUAUCAGAAUAAGUCGUUAUUCGUGUAUGUAGUUUUGUAUUUAUUUUACAGCUACAUUGUGUCGUUUUAAGCAUUUGACUGAUAUACAAUGUCGUUUUAGAAAAUAUACAACUAUAUCAUGAUCAGGGAUCAUGUGGAGUGAGUGAUUUGUUGACCAUUUAGAUAUACAUAUAUCGUUUCACUAACUUGACAAUCAUAUCAUGAUUUGUUGCUUUAAUAAUUACGAAAGAAGGCACAACAAUAUCGGUUGGAUUAUCAGAUUGUAUCAGAGACCAUGUUAUAUUUUGCGUCACAGCAAUGUGAUGACGUCACAAUUGACAUCAUUGUAUAUGAGCUAAAAGUACUCGCUGAGUAUUCUGUAAAUAGUAACUGAAUUAAUUACUUUAACAAAAUUAAUAUGUUUUAUUAAUUAUAUGCACAUAUUAUUAAAGGGAAAAUUAAAAUUGUUUUUGGUCGAUUUAGUUGACAGAAUAUUGAUGCGAGGUGCGUGCUUUAUCACAAACGUUGUACGAGCUACUCCGCGUAUCCAUGGAAACUGAAAAACUAAACCAAACGUGACAUAUAACUUAUUUGCGAGGCGAGCCUUAUACGAUUUUCACUGAUAAUUUGAUAUUAAAAAGGGCGUUCUCCGCAUCCUUUUUCUUUAAAAAAAUGUAUGAUACUGAGACAAAACGAGGAGCAAUUAUCGCAUUAAAGGUAGAAACCAUA